CCUUCUCCUAGCCUGCCGGAAAUCGCUGSGUCGGAAUGGGUUCCGGAGCCGGCGGAAGUAGCUUCUCAGUCUUCACUUGACACCGGGCGGCUGCUUGGCUGCUGGUCUUGUCAGCCUCUGGGUUGCCAGGUUCAUGUGGAGGCUCCCAAGCACCCGCGCCGUGCUUCGUGGGGUCCGGACGGCGGUGGAGCAGUGCAGCCGGACUGAAGCGGCUCCUGAAAAGGCKGCAGGCGCGAUGGAGCGCGCUGUAGUGCGCUGUGUUCCCUCGGAGCCCAAGCUGAGCUUGUCGUUUGCGCUGGCCGACGGCAGCCACAAGAACAUGCAGCGCGACCAGAGUGAGCCGCUGGGUCGGGCCCUCAGCCGGAUCGCUACCAAUGCUCUCAAGGGCCAUGCUAAGGCAGCCGCAGCUAGAAAGAACCGGAAGAACCGGUCCAACGCGAGCGGUGGCGCGGCCUGUGCAGGGUCUGGGUCGGAGACGGCAGCAAUCUGCGAGCCCGUGGUAAAGCUGUACUACCGAGAGGAAGCAGUGGCUGAGGAUGUGCUCAACGUGGACGCCUGGCAGGACGGCGCGGUGCUGCAGAUUGGCGAUGUCAAGUACAAGGUGGAGCGCAACCCACCCGCCUUCACCGAGCUUCAGUUGCCACGCUACAUCAUGGCCGGCUUCCCCGUGUGCCCUAAGCUCAGCCUUGAAUUUGGGGAUCCGUCUGGCUCUCUCUACCGCUGGUACAAGGAAGCCAACCCUGGUGCCGCGGAACCUGAAGGUGGUGGCCCUUCGUCAUUGUCUCCCUCUUCGCCAUCUUCUACUUGGACCGAAACGGAUGUGAAUGAGCGAGUCUACAUCCCGUCCAAUGCUGACAUCGGACUACGGCUGAAACUUCACUGCACUCCAGGCAAUGGGCAGCGUUUCGGGCCGAGCAGGGAAUUGGAAAGUGUGUGUCCAGUGGAGGCUGGGCCUGGUACUUGCACUUUUGACCAUCGGCAUCUCUACACCAAGAAAGUGACAGAGGACGCUCUCAUCCGCACUGUCUCCUACAACAUUUUGGCAGACACGUACGCCCAGACUGAGUUCUCACGGACUGUUCUGUACCCAUACUGUGCCCCCUAUGCCCUGGAGCUUGACUACCGCCAGAAUCUUAUCCAGAAGGAACUCACAGGCUACAAUGCCGACCUCAUCUGUUUGCAGGAGGUUGACCGCGCGGUGUUUUCGGACAGUUUGGUACCCGCAUUGGAGGCUUUCGGGCUGGAGGGCGUGUUUCGAAUCAAGCAGCACGAAGGCCUGGCCACUUUUUACCGGAAGUCAAAGUUCAACCUCCUUAGCCAGCAUGACAUUUCUUUCCAAGAAGCCCUGGAGUCUGACCCACUUCACAAAGAACUGCUGCAGAAACUAGUUUUGUACCCAUUGGCACAGGAAAGAGUGCUCCAGAGAUCUUCUGUCCUUCAGGUUUCAGUUCUUCAGUCUACAAAGGAGUCUUCUAAAAAGAUAUGUGUUGCUAAUACCCAUCUCUACUGGCAUCCAAAAGGUGGGUACAUUCGUCUCAUUCAAAUGGCAGUAGCUUUGGCUCACAUUAGACAUGUCUCAUGUGAUCUGUAUCCUGGCAUACCAGUUAUAUUUUGUGGGGACUUUAAUAGUACACCAUCAACAGGAAUGUAUCAUUUUGUCAUCACUGGCAACAUUCCAGAGGAUCAUGAAGACUGGGCUUCCAAUGGGGAAGAAGAAAGAUGCAACAUGUCUCUAACACAUUUCUUCAAACUGAAAAGUGCUUGUGGUGAACCAGCUUACACAAAUUAUGUUGGUGGCUUUCAUGGAUGUCUAGAUUACAUUUUCAUUGACUUACAUGCUUUAGAGGUUGAACAGGUGAUUCCAUUACCUAGUCAUGAAGAAGUUACCACCCACCAGGCCUUACCUAGUGUUUCCCAUCCUUCUGAUCACAUAGCACUUGUGUGUGAUCUAAAAUGGAAAUAGAUUUCUGUCUAAUGGAAUUUAAGUAUAAAAAGGAAACUAGUUACUUUGUAGAAAAUUUGAUAUGAAUCAAAGCUAAUAUGUAACUUUCAAAGAGGAAAUAUAGACUCAAUGGUAAAACUUUCUAUUCAUUCCCUACUAGUUAUGUUCCAAGACUAUUUAUGUUUGCAUCAUAUAGACCCUUUUUCCCCCUACACUUGGAGGUAAAGCAAAUAUAUUUGUGGAGAAACAGGAAGUUCAAAUAUUGUGUACAUUUUUAUAAAUGAUUUUUAAUCUAAGAAUUUUUUAAGUACCAUUUGAAUGAUCUUUUUAAUUUUCAUGACACAUUUCAGAUUGAAUCAUGUUUAUUUAAUUAUAUGAAAAAAUGCAUACAGGUUAAGGUGAAAGACCUAAAUUCUGACACGUGGAAUAACCUUAGGGUCUACCUCUACCUCAAUUUGGUCAGCAGUUUAUUACAGUUUCAGAGUUGACAAAAAAUUAAAGUUGUUGUUGUUGAUUGCUUCUGKUUUUUUUCUCCACCCCCCACCCCCAAGUACUAGGACUUAAACCCGAGGCUCUCACACAGUAAGCAAGUGCUUUGUCAUUGAGCUACAUCCCCAACCCUUUUUGAGAUGGUCUAAGUUACCCAGGCUGGCCUUGAACUUGGGAUGUUCCUGCCUUAGCCUCUCCAGCCUCCCAUGCACCACUGUAACCAACUUUAGUUUUUCAGUGUCUUCAUUCUCUAGUAUUUUUGUUGUUAAUAUAUGGUAAAAUGGACAUAAUUUAUAUUCUGAGUCAUACAGCAGCUCAUUUUAAUUUCUASUAUAUAAGCACAAUUUAGUUUUCAAAGUAAAUAGCAACAUUUGAUCCCAUUUUAUUUAAUUACUCUUGCCUACAAAAAACUUAAGACAAAAGAGUAUUUGACCAGGUGAUAUUAACAAAAUACAGCAUAAUACAUUAUUUUUGAGAAACUGCUUACUGAUAUGGACUCGAAACUUUGGAUAAACUCAUUCAGCAUUUCUAUGCCAUAAGCAUUUUCAAAAUUGUUAGUUUUUAUGAAUAGGGAAUAGAGAAGUAGUUUGGCUUUUGAGUAUAUCUGAAAUAAAAACUUACUUUUAUAGGUAAGCAUUACAAUUUAUUGUAAAACAAGAUUUAAAUAGGAGGCCAAACUCUYUUAAGAUUAGAAAUUACAAACAGCCUACAAUGAUAACUAAGCUAUACUAAUUUAUCACCAUACCUUAUUCGUAAUGCUUAAGCUGUUGCUUUUUUGAUAUUCAAGAUAACUAUAGUGUUCUCUCAUAUUUCUGCAUUUAAUUUCUAGAUUAGGUAUUAAAUCCUACUCAUCUCAAGAAAAGCCCUGAUUUUCCAGUUAUGAAAAUGCUCGUUUCAAAUUCUUCUCUGAAUCCAAUACCAUAAGAAUUGUCUUCUUUAGAUAAUCUGCUGUCAGAUGUAUUGUUAUCUCUUAGUUUAGCAAGUUUGAGAAUGAAAUUUUACCUGCCCUUCAGAUUAAACCUUGAAGUAUUUGAAAUACUUGAAGGGAAAGAUUAAGGUACCAGAUUGAACUGGGGAUUGAACUCCGGGGCACUCAAUCACUGUAUCACAUCCCCAACCCUAUUUUGUAUUUUAUU